AUGGCACCACCAUCGCCCUCGUACACCAAGGUCACUCACUCCGCCACAUAUGCUGGCAUCAAUCCAACUCAGCCCGGCCUCUCCACUGCGGGCAAGGUUGUGUUGAUCACUGGCGCAUCUGGCGGUAUCGGCCGGGCCACAGCCUCAUCCUUUGCUGCAUCGGGUCCCCGAGCCCUCAUCCUUCUCGGUCGACGCGCCGACGCCCUGGCGGAAACCGCCACCAUUGUCCGCACAAGUCACGCAGAGGUGACGAUCCAAACUCACCAGGCUGAGCUGUGCGAUGCUUCGAGCGUCCGGAAUGCCAUGAACAACGUGGCCGCCGAGUUUGGGGGCAUCGACAUCCUCGUUCACUGUGCCGGCGUCCUGGCCCCCGUUGUUCCGCUUCUGGAAGCUGACCCGGCUACUUUUCUGGACGGCUACAAGACUACCGUUGUCGGUUCGCUGGUGACGGCACAGGCUGUUGUCCUGGCAAACAAGACAGUUAGCCCCAACGAGGACAAGCUAGUCACCUUGAUAAAUCUAACCACGGCCGGCAUCAUAUUCCCACCGUUCGCCGGCAUGGGUGCCUAUGUGAGCAGUAAAAUGGCCGCCGUCAAGAUCUUACAGUCCUUCGCCGUCGAGAACCCGCAAGUGCGUCUUCACAAUGUGCAUCCCGGAUUCCUCCAAACAGCUAUGUCUGCGAAGUUGUCAGAGUCGAUCAAACUGCCAUUUGCCUUUGAUGACAUUGCUAAAGAUCAUUAUUUCGCAGUGUCUCUUCCCGCCGAUUUCCUUGUCUGGAUUGUCUCCCCCGAAGCAGAAUUUCUUAAAAACAAGAUCGUCUUCGCUUCUUGGGACGUUGAUGAGCUCAAGGCUCGCAGGAAGGAGAUUGUCGGUGGCCCGCCGGGAACUGGUGAGCUCUGGCUCGGCUACCAAGGAUUUCCACGAUUC